AGGGACAGAAGGACAUCCUAGAGCCUCGCGGUUUAUCAUCGCUGCUUUAAUGAGCAGUUUGGGACAUGAAGUGAUGAAUUAUUGAAGCUGUCGCUCAGAGGAAAGAUUCAGUUUUGUUCUACAGCGGAGGGAAGAUGCUCCGCGCACGCGCCCAAUGUUGACGUUUAAACGUUUUAUUGUUGGGAUGUUUAAGCCGAGUGUUGAACUGCAACCUGCUCGCUGAUGUUUGUGGUUUCUGUUGGUGUUUCAGAGGGACGGUGGCCUGUUGGGCUCAUGUUAUUGUUAGCUGUGGAGAGCAGCUAUGAGGCUAGCUGUAGCCGCUAAGGCAGCGCUCUGCAGCUGAUCCAGGAUCAGGUCCACAUCAUGUAGACAAUCAUCCGCUGAGCAUCUGGGUCACAGACAGACAGACGGACGGACGCGGCUAAGCUAAGCACCGAUGCUAACCGAUCGGCUGAUGUAGGACAUCCCGCCGCUCAUCUCUGAUUCACACCUGAAGGAAACAUCGGAUCAGCUGCCAUGACCCAUCAGUGAGGCAAGGAGCGGACUCCUUCCUCCUCCUGUGAGGAGAGCAGAUCCAGGGUCGGGUCUCCCCGCCCUGUCACCAUGGAAACGGUGGGAGACUUUGAGUACAGCAGGAAGGACCUGGUUGGACAUGGAGCCUUCGCGGUGGUGUUCAAGGGGAGACACAGGAAGAAAACUGACUGGGAGGUGGCCAUCAAGAGCAUCAAUAAGAAGAACCUGUCCAAGUCCCAGAUCCUCCUGGGCAAGGAAAUCAAAAUCCUGAAGGAACUGCAGCAUGAAAACAUCGUGGCUCUUUAUGACGUUCAGGAAACUCCCAGCUCCGUUUUCCUGGUCAUGGAAUACUGCAACGGAGGGGAUCUUGCCGACUAUCUGCAAGCCAAAGGGACUCUGAGAGAGGACACACUGAGGGUCUUCCUCCAGCAGAUGGCCGCCGCCAUGCGCAUUCUCCACAGCAAAGGAAUCAUCCACCGUGACCUGAAGCCCCAGAACAUCCUGCUGUCAUACAUGGGCCGCAGGAAGUCCAACAUCAGCGCCAUCCGCAUCAAAAUCGCUGACUUUGGGUUUGCUCGGUACCUCCAGAACAACAUGAUGGCCGCCACACUCUGUGGCUCCCCCAUGUACAUGGCCCCAGAGGUCAUCAUGUCCCAGAACUAUGACGCCAAGGCUGACCUGUGGAGCAUCGGGACGGUUAUCUACCAGUGUCUGGUCGGGAAGCCUCCGUUCCAGGCCAACAGUCCGCAGGAUCUGAGGAUGCUUUAUGAGAAGAACAAGAACCUCCAGCCUGUAAUCCCGCGGGAGACGUCUCCUCAGCUCGGUGACCUGCUGCUCGGCCUGCUGCAGAGGAAUCAGAAGGAGCGGAUGGACUUUGACACGUUUUUCAGCCAUCCUUUCUUGGAACCAUCGUCCACAAUUAAAAAAUCGUGUCCAGUACCCGUCCCCAGCGUUGCCGCAGAAGGUUCCUGCAGCUCCUCUCCAUCCAUCCGCUACAGCUGCCCUCCUUCUCUUCCAGACAUGCAGACUCUGACUGAGGACGGUCUGUCAUCUCCUCCGAUGGGUCCGCCCAACUUCCUGCAGCUGUCCAAAGAGUCUGCAGGAAGCACCAGCAGCAAGAACUCCUCCUGUGACACAGAUGAUUUUGUUCUGGUUCCUAACUUCUCAACUGAGAGCUACGACCACCCAGCAGGAGCCGGCUGCCGCCCGUCCACUGACCUUUUCAUGUGUGGAGGGCAGCCGCAGCCCCCCCAGGGACAGGCGGCCAUGGUCUCCCCGCGGGCGGAAACCACCCCCAUUCCUGUUCCCACCCAGGUGCGCAACUACCAGCGGAUCAAGCAGAACCUGUCCAGCAGCCCAAGUUCUGCUGUCUACAGCUCCCCCAGGUCAGGAACCGUCAGGCGCUCCAACACCAGUCCUAUGGGCUUUCCAAAGGCGGGCUGCGGGUCUCCCAGUUCAGCUGAUGCCCCCCAGCCAGCGUGCCGGCGCCUCUCCACGGGCAGCUCCCGGCCCUACUCGCCCUCGCCUCUCGUGGGAACCAUCCCUGAGCAGCUGGGCCACUGCUGCUGCCAGAUGCAGAACCAGGAUCAUCGCAUCCGCUGCUCUGCAGGAGGUUCUCCGGUUCCCUCCUCUCAGCUUCUGGGCGCUCGGCUCCCAAGCGCUCCGACGCUGACGGAUUUCUACCAGACCCGGCAGAAGCUCCACAAGCAGCUGUCUGACCCCGUGCAGCCGUCCUGCUCCUCCUGCAGUCACUCCCCUCAGCUCGGCCGCCCAGCCAACCUGGGCUCCUCCCCCACCAAGCUGCUGGGGUCGUCGCCACGCAUGUCUGACUGGCUUCAGAAGUCGCCGCUGCCAACGAUCAUCGGUUCCCCCACCAAGACAAUUUCUGCCCCGUUCAAGAUCCCUAAAACUCAGGCGUCCUGCAACCUGAUGGCGCUGGCAGACAGCCCGCUUCCCAACAAGACGCUCGCAGACUGUCGGGACAUGUGCAGCCACCAUUGCAGCCCCUACCUGACGGGACGGGCUGCUGCCCCGGAGGCCAGCAGGACCUUUGGAAGGUCCGUCAGUACCGGCCGUCUGUCUGAACAACCGAUCAGAAUCACUCUGGGAGGACAAGCCUACCAGGGCAGCACCGACAGUCUGAACACUGAGCGGCCCAUGGACACAGCCCCCAGCGUGGCUCCAGGAAGAUCGGCGAGCCCCCGCACCGUCCUGUUCACGGUGGGCUCCCCGCCCAGCAGCAGCACCCCUCCCACAUGCAGCCACCUGGGAGCCCGGCCUCGGACCACCUCUGUGGGUUCCAACAGCUCGGCCGGUUCCUUGUGCUCCACCAGCGGUCGGGUGUGCGUGGGUUCCCCCCCAGGCAUGACCAUCGGAUCGUCUCCUCCAGGCAGUUUAGGAGCUGGCCAUUGUGCUGAUGGAGGGCCCAGCAGCCUGCGCUACCUUCCUUAUGGGACCUCCCCUCCUAGCAUGGAGGGGUUCAUCACCUUUGAAGCCCCGGAGCUGCCAGAGGAGACCCUGAUGGAGCGUGAGCACACCGACACCCUGAUGCACCUCCGGAUGAUGCUCUCCUUCACCGACUGCAUCCUGGAGAUGGCAGCGCUCCGAGCCGGGGGGGCGGAGCUCGGGAUGUCCGCCGCCUCCCUCUACCCCCCCCAGGACAGCGUGGUGGUGGACCAGAUCAGCCAGCUCAGUAAAGAGUGGGGGCAGGUGGAGCAGCUGGUGCUCUACAUGAAGGCAGCUCAGCUCCUCGCUUCCUCCCUCCAUCUGGCAAAGGCUCAGAUCAAAUCUGCUAAGUUGAAUCCUUCAACUGCAGUCAAGCAAGUGGUCAAGGGUUUGAACGAGCGCUACAAAAGCUGCAUCGCCUUCUGUCGCCACCUGACGGACAAACUCAACCACUUCUUCUCCGACAAGCAGCGCUUUGUGGAUGAGAUCAACAGCGUCACGGCCGAGAAGCUCAUCUACAACCACGCCGUGGAGAUUGUUCAGUCUGCAGCUCUGGAUGAGAUGUUUAAGCAAACGGAGGACAUCGCGUAUCGCUACAGCAAGGCUGCCAUGCUGCUGGAUGGCCUCUCCAAGAUCCUGCAGGAUCCUGCCGACGCCGACAACGUGCUCAAAUAUAAAGCCAGCGUGGAGCGCAGGAUCUCGUCUCUGUGCUACUGCACGGUCAGGCUGUACGAGUAGCAGCUGCACCCCAAACCACUGAGGGACCAGGACC